AAUGGCGAACGUCUGUGAUUAGAUUUGUGAUUCGUGUCGUUGUCCGUUUGUUUUUCUAUCGAGUGUGUCGUCCGACGCGACGUCGAGUUUCAAGGCGAAAAUGAUGCGGCUUCUCAACAGCAGGCUGAAUUUCAGGCGUCGCAGUAGCCUAAGAUCCUUUGAAAAUGAUGCCGCUUCAGCCGUUCCUGUAGCCAGUAAAUCAGCACCAAUCGUAGCAAACAAUGCCAGACAGCCGUCCGUCAGGCAGGGUCCCAGAUCAACCAAUGCAGAAGAUAUAGAUUAUGAUGCAUUAUAUGAAGAUAAUGAUGAGGAUGAUAUAGAAUUAGAAAGCCAUGGUUCUGUUAUCAGACAUUUGUUGUCUCAGGUGAAGAUUGGCAUGGAUCUUACAAAAGUGGUUCUACCUACCUUCAUAUUGGAGAGGAGGUCCCUAUUAGAAAUGUAUGCAGAUUAUUUUGCCCAUCCGGAUAUGUUUGUAGGAAUAGCAGAUAUAAAGGACCCUAAGGAUAGGAUGGUACAGGUGGUCAAGUGGUACCUAUCAUCAUACCAUGCCGGUAGAAAAAGUACUGUUGCCAAGAAGCCCUACAAUCCCAUCCUAGGGGAAGUGUUUCGGUGCCAUUGGGAUGUCCCCCUUGAAGAGACUAAUGCAAUUGAAGAUGCCGUACAAGACGGACCUGUGCCUUGGUGCAGAAGGAAUCAGCUAUCCUUUGUUGCCGAACAAGUCUCACACCAUCCACCCAUUUCGGCAUUCUAUGCAGAACACUUCAACAAAAGAAUAAGUUUCAAUGCACACGUCUACACCAAAUCCAAAUUCCUUGGUCUGUCUGUCUGUGUUUACAAUAUCGGGCAAGGUAUUGUGUCCGUUCUGGACUACGAUGAAGAAUACUUUCUUACAUUCCCCAAUGGUUAUGGACGUUCUAUACUAACUGUACCUUGGAUAGAGUUGGGUGGGACGGUGACAAUAGCCUGCCCGAAGACUGGAUACAACUGCACCAUUGAAUUUAUUACCAAACCGUUCUAUGGCAAUAAGAAAAAUAAAAUUACCGCCGAGAUUUGUGGACCAGAGGAGAAGAAACCGUUCCUUACGGUUAGUGGAGAAUGGAACGGAGUGAUGGAAUAUAAAUGGACUGAAAAGGAGACUGAGGAACAAGUAGAUGUAAAUACAUUAACUAUAAUUAAAAAACAAGUCAAACCGAUUUGUGAACAGGACGAAAACGAGUCUCGCAGGUUAUGGAAGGAAGUUACGGCAGGUCUGAAAUUCAAUGAGAUUGAUAAGGCUACAAAUGCCAAGCAAGCCCUAGAGCAAAGGCAAAGAGACCAGGCGAAGGAAAGGAAAGACAGCGGACAAGAAUGGCAGACAAAAUUAUUCAUUAAAACUGUUGAAGAUUCCUACGUGUACGUCAAGCCCUUGCGCCAGAGGAUAUCUUCUCAAACAUCGAACACUUGAAGACGAAAUGUUUAAUCGUUACGAAUAAUACUGUGCUUUUCUAAACUUUCCUGGAACCUAUUUGCCUGAACAAUUUUUUUCAGAGUUAUUAGUGAACUGUGAUAUAUUAUCAUGAAAAGUGUAUUCUAAGUUUUAAGCUAGUCGGGCUACUGAAAAAUACUCAAAGUUUAUAUCUGGCGUGGAAAGAAAGUGGAACAUGGUUUGUAUCAUGUACUUCAAUGUGAGAUGAAAUUAGUCUGGGAAAAGAUUAUGAAAACUGCAUGCCUUAAUUACUGGUACGAUUUUUAUGUAAAAAGUUAUAGGUAUUAAUUUUGGUACUUUGAGGAAUUAUUCUUUCUUUCUGUAAUUAAAGAAGUGAUUUAUUGGAACUUCAAAUACUCGUUUAAAAUAUGGCAUUAGCUCUUAUAAAUAUAUGUUUCUUAAAAAUGUAUAUUUCAUAUUGUUUUUUCAUUUGGAAAAUGUCUAACUACUUCAUUAUUAAAUGCAAUCGUCCAACUGAAAUGUUCUUAUUUUUUGUCAAUAAAUUUGAAAAAUCUCUGGAAAAUCACAUCAGGUGCACUGUUCCUCAAAAUUAAAAACAACAACAUUAAAAAGUGACUUGAAUUCAGAAGUUAAUUUCCUCGCACAGCUGAUCUGAUUUUGACAAUCUUUUUUUUAAUUUUAGUUUUAUUUCAAGUGUGCCAAAUAAAAUAAUGAUGAGUGUUAAUGUGAUUCAAGGUUUAGUUUCAGCUUUUAGUGCACCAAUUUAUUGUAAAAAUUUAAAAACCAGUACUAACAAUAAAGAAAGGUAAAAAAAUUGCUCAAAAUUUAUAACAAAAUAAGGAAAUUAACCAAACUAGACAUUAAUUUACUUUUUCUCAGUACAAAUUGUUUCAUAUUUUUUAAACUGUAUUUUGGUGCCAUCGGGGGAGGUUGUUGCCACCGGUGUUUUUAUGGUUAAAAGUUUUACAAUAAACUGAGGCACUUUAACCAUGUAUCUCUCUUAAUAACAGAGAUAAAAACAUGAAUGGAAAAAAGAAAAUUAUUCAGAAAAGAUGGGACUAGUUUAAGAGGGCCCUAUAGCAAAUAGGCAAUCAGCAAUACAUUUUUAUAGAUUUUAUUACACAGUUUGUCUAAAUAUGAAUUAAU